ACACACACACACACACAGGCUGAUGUGUUUCUGUAAAUGAAUUGAUCUUCGUUCAUAGUGAUGCUUGUCCCAUUAGGAUUCACCAACCGGAGGUCCUGCUUGUGCCGGGUGAUCAGCCAGGCUUUACUGCCUGUUUGCCCUGUCCACUGACAGCAGCUGCAGCGCUGAGUAGGCUACUCUGCUGCAGCUCUAUGUUCGAGGCUACAACUCGAGCCUAAUUAAAACCUCCCUCAGAAAAAAAAAAAAAAAAAACCCGCACGUGGUUUCCUCCUCCUGCCUCUCAACACCGCAAUGAAGGAAUUUAUCCGUUUGUUCUGAAGUCUCGCUGCUCACAGAAAUGAGGUCUCGGCUGACUUUUCCCCGCGUCGAGUGAAGAUCAGGGAACCGGACCUGCCGAGUAUCACCGGCAACUCCUGCAGCAUCUUUCAAAGACAUUAAAAAAAAAAAAAAAAAAAAAAAUCACCUUUACUUCUUUUUUCUCCGACGGGACACCGACUGACUGCAGGCUGAAUAAAUGGAUAAUAACGCUGCAAAUUCGGAGAAAUCUCAACUGAUACACGAGAAGAAUGCGAAAACGUAUUCUCUGAAACUACAAAGCUCAUUUCCGGACUCCAAAGAGCAUUAUCCCGACUUCCCUUUUAAGAAUGGAGGCAUGGCUGGUGCCAUCGAGCUGAAACGACCCGUCGGUGCCCACUGCCAUGGUACCAAAGCCUUGGUGUGUGAGGACAGUGUGGACAAGCUGCUGGCCAAGAAGAAACUCUACAUCGCUUCAGUCGUCUGCCUCGUCUUCAUGAUUGGCGAGGUCAUAGGAGGCUACCUGGCCCACAGCCUGGCCAUCAUGACUGAUGCAGCCCACCUCCUGACAGAUUUUGGCAGUAUGAUGGUAAGCCUGUUCUCCCUGUGGAUCUCCUCCAGACCGCCCACCAAAACCAUGAACUUUGGUUGGCACAGAUCAGAGAUCCUCGGGGCGUUCAUCUCAGUCAUUUCCAUCUGGAUUGUCACGGGGGCUCUGGUCUAUUUAGCCAUCGAGAGGAUUGUACGCAACGACUAUGAGAUUGAUGGCCAUGUAAUGUUAGUCACCUCCGGGUGUGCCGUCAUUGUCAAUAUAAUCAUGGCCUACAUCCUCCAUCAUUCGACCACUUUCCACGCCCACGGCAGCGGUUAUCACCAGAUAGACGAGGACAGUCAGAGUCCCGUCGCUCACGGCCACUCCCACUCGCUCCUCAGUGGCCAUGGCAACGCGAGCGUCCGGGCCGCCUUCAUCCACGUGGUCGGAGACCUGCUGCAGAGUGUCGGCGUCAUGGUGGCAGCGAUCAUCAUCUACUUUCGGCCUGAGUAUAAAGUUGCAGAUCCCAUCUGUACGUUCCUGUUCUCUGUCUUUGUGCUCUGCACCACCAUCACCAUCCUCAGAGAUGUCUUUAGGAUACUCAUGGAAGGGUCUCCUAAAGGAAUAGAGUUUAACUCUGUGAAGGAGGUACUGCUGUCUGUGAAGGCUGUGAAGUCGAUGCACUGCCUGCACCUCUGGGCUCUGACUCUGGGCCAGGCACUGGUGUCUGUUCACCUGGCUAUAGAGGAGGGUGCUGACGCUCAGUCUGUGCUGCAGGAGGCCACUGAUCUGCUCCACACCAAGUUUGGUUUCUACAGCAUCACCAUCCAGGUAGAGCUCUACUCUGAAGACAUGAGCCACUGCUCCCACUGCCAGGACCCCAGUGACUGAUGCUGAUACUGGACCGGGCAAGACUGGACCCAACAGGACAUGGAACAGCUCAGGCACAUUUUCAUUCUCUGUGGGUGAGCUGGACCAGUGAGAGCUGCCUUCACAAUGCAGCUUCCUGUUAAAGGAGUUUUUGGUAGAUUGUUGUGUUCGCCAUUAAGUCACAAGAAAUUAGACAGUGAAAUCAUCCAUGUGUUGGUAGAAGAGUGCUGGCGCCGGAGCUCCAUGCUAACAUGGAACAGGCCAACUAAGCCUUGCAGUCCUCCUCAAAAAAGGGGUGUAUUUAUACUCCAGUCCUCAAGGUUGCUUGGGGUUUUUACCAAAUACUGGGACAACUUCACAAGAAGAAUUGGGGUGAAACUGCAUACCGGGUUGAUAAGGUGCUGGCUUGUAAAGAAAUCUAUCAAGACUAAAAGAAGGUGGAGCCCUGAUGAAGACAGUUUCGCCAAAAUGUUCGCCCUGUCCAAAAAAAAAUAUGCAACAGAGCCGUAAAACCUCUUCCAUCUCUUCUUGUCAUCAGAAAUUCUGAGCCCCCUCACCAAAACACUAAACACAAGAUCACAUUACAGCGCUAUUUAUGAAAUGACUACUUAUUGAUAAAUGGAAAGCGAAAUUUGUUCACCAGACAGAACUCACAGCUAGUUUUCAGUAGUUGCAAAUAGGUUACAAACCUAAUUACUGCAGCUCGAUAACAAAGUUGAUUGAGAAGAAGCAUUUUACUUGCGCUUUAAUGUGUUUGCCAUGUUUGUCCACGAAACAAGUUCUGGGUAAUAUGCUGCCAUGAAGGUUGCAUUAAUAUGACCAUGAACAAUAGGAGCAGCAGGGGUCUAUGUGACAAAAGUAGAAAUAGGACAAGGUGACGCAGGAAUUUAAAGAGGAAGGACGCAAGAACAGCACAUAUUGGGUGACUUGUUGAUAGCAGGCCACAAGCACUAGAGUACUGUAUUAGUUACAAAAGAUUGUUAAUGGAUUUUAUUUUGUGUUUGACGUCUACAUUACUAAACUUCUAAAAUGAAAUAUUAAAAGUCAAUUUAAGUAAUGCAGCAAAGUUUAUAUUUAUGCAACUAUUUCAGGAGAAACCUAAUUUCUUCAGUCUGCUUUAUGAAAGUAGCUGCUGCUGGUUGAAAACACUGCCUGAUUUUUAGUAUUUCAUGUAAAUUAAGGAAAACUGCCAGAUAUAGGACCACAUAUUGUUCACAAUUACUUUUAAGCUUUGGGGCUGCUACUUAUUUUCUACAAUAACUUCCCUGAUAAUGCUACUUGUACACAGUAGUAAUGCAAAUCCUUAUAUAUUAGCAUAGAGUAUACAAUCAGUUCGAGUAUGUUCUAAACUGUUAGCAUGGAGCACCUGAUGUAAUGUUCUACCAGGGACACAUGGAUGACUUUGAUGUCUAACUUUACCAAACGGCUCAUCUGCCGGACACUCACUCUACAGCUCACUGUCUUCUUUGUUCCAUUAACCUGCUUUCCACUAAAGGUCAGACAUGAAUCUGCAACGCUAGCUGGUCAUGAAAGACAUUUUAAGAGCUUUCAUUGCCAAAAAGUUCCUUCUUGACAUAAACUUAUUGAAAACAUCAUGUUAAUUUGUACCACACUGACAAAAGUCAUCUUUUAAGGAAGAAAAGCAUGAACAAUACCUCUCUAAGAAUAUAUAUUUUGUACAUACUGUUGGUUGUUGCCUUAGGAAGAUUACAGUCUGAGGGUGUAAGGACUUUUAAAUCUGCUAAUUGGUCAAUGUCAUGAUAAACACAUGAGGAAGUAUGGUUAUGAUUAACCAUUUGAAGAUACCUUUUAAUAUACUAAAAUUUCAAUAAUUGUCAUCAAGUGGAACUGAAACAGCAGCUAUCAAAAUUAAUAGAAGACUGAUGGAUACAACAACUGAUAGUCAUGAUGUCAGUGCAGCUUUUCAGGCAAUCGUCAUAGAAUUUGCUGUAAAAAAAAAAUAAAAUAAAAUAAAAGAUAUUUCCAAUCUUAUGGACUUGAAAACUUUUUGAUUUGGGCAAAACCUUGUUGGAUCCCUCACGCUGGUCUUCAAAACCUACAGUAUCCUGACCUAAACUGUUCUAGUACUCCCUUUAAACAUUAUACUGUACCUCAUCAUACCAUGCUGGCUCAAGUGUCUGUCUUAUAUGUAAUAAUUCAGCUAAAUCUGGAUUUGACCAAUCUCUCUACUGUACUGUACUUUGUUUCAUUUUAUCACAUGAUGCCAAAGAUGAGGAUUCAUCUCUGUCUCCAUUUCAGAGGGUCAGGAAAAUGAGGUGAUUUCAGAUUAGUGAACAUCUGAUUUGAGCAUAAUUCAAUGGAAAUAUGACGAUUGGUUGAGAUGUAGCUGAUGUUUCUUAAGAUACCAACAGCCUCAAAACUGAACUCAUUAAGGGCUAUUAUUGGUGGUAGUUCUUUUGAAAAUUUUGUUGUGUUGCAGGCAUUGUUGGUUUUACUUGUCAGUCACACACAAAAGCCAACAAUAGUAUGUUCAAUUCUGUCUUUAGAAGUGUUUACCUAAUAGUGCACACUGUAUUGAUUGAGCAGAAGAAAAAUGAAUGAGUGUCAGACUGAAAAAGCAUUCAGCUACUUCCACUGUCAACUCUGAGCAGACAUUCAGGUCUGAGGGCAAAAAUGAUUUAGUCCUGCAGUCGGACGAUUAGUUUCAGCUUCAUGCUGUCAUCCAUCUCAUCUCUCUCUUUCCUCCUGUAGCUGCAGUGUUACCCAUCCAUCUACUAUAUGUCUCUCUGCGCCCCAAGCUUUCAUCUACCUAUCUGUACGCCCAUUCAUCCAUGUUUUUUAAAUCCGGGGGCUCUGGAGUAGGCUGAAUCUUCAAAAUAAAAGCCCCAAAAAGGUAACAAGAGAUUACGGCAGGCUUUAUGAGCGCUGAAGACUUUCAAAAUAAAAAUCUGAAUGCUUUUUUUUUUUUCUUCACACACACAACUCAACUCCUUCUAGGGCUUAGACCUCAGCUCAUGGUUUACUCUUAUUCCAACUAAGACACUUGAAUGACACAUCAACAUACACUUAAGCUCAUAUAAGUCUUUACACUAUAACUCUAAUUUUAACACCUUUCAUUGCUUACACUAUAUUUGACCCCUUUCAUCCUUUUCCUAUUAUUCCAACUCUUCAUACUCCUUCACGCAAAGUUAAACCAGCAAUGCAGAUUAGCUCCCAGCCAUUUAUCAAGCAAUGCUAUUCAGCUCCCAUCUAUACAUGAAGCAAUACAGUCCAGCUUCCAGCUUUUCAAGCAAUGCAGUUUAGCUCCUCGCUGUCCAUCCAGCAAUGCAGCUCAGCGUCAGCUUUUCAGCAGACAGCAAUCCAACCACAAUCUUUAGAUAUUACAUUCUCUAGUUAGCUAUGCUGUUUGCAAAACUGAGCAAUCGGCCAGAGAGAGGCACUAGAGGAAAGGUUGUGUAAUGAACAAAAUAGAAUUUAUCCUCUGGGGAGCUGGAACGGGCUUAGUAAACAGCAAACUGCCCUUGAGAUUUGAUUUUAAUGAAAUGUUGGUUGUUAUCUUGGUGCUGGAGGAAGAUCAUGGUGUCAUUAACAUCAUUACAAUUUCUGCGGACCAUGAAUAUCCACAGCAUGUUUCAUGGAACACUGGCCCGUUUUGGUAGGUAUUGGUUAAUACUUUGAACUUGAGUAAAGAGAAUAAUAUGUAUAAUUUUGAACCCAUAAAAGCCAACAAACCAGCUGAUAUGCCUGUAAUGUUUCGCAGCUACUAUAAAGUGUUGAUGUUGUUAGUUGCUCUCAAAGAAAGGACAAUUGUACAUUGUAAACGCCUUGUUGACAUCCGUUCUGAUCGAAAUACUUGCAUGGUUGUUAGCUGUUAUUCAAUAUCAUGUACAGUAGAAGUUUCUUGUUCAACUGCCAAUCAGAAUAUGUUGAUAUACCAUGCAGAGGAUUAAUCAAAGAAAAAAUCUCUUCUUUAAAAUUCUAUAUUUUCACCUAUUUUUAAGGAGAUCCUGUAUAUUUAAAUACAUUUUUCCUUUUGAAAUGAUGCAAAAUGAGAAUAUAUAUGGACCCAAACAGCUUAUGAAGACUAAGUUAAAACAAAGUGAAUGUAAUAAAGACCAAUGCAUUUUACUGUACUAGUUUUGAUACACAUGCCAUACUGAAGUUCUCGUCUACAGGCCGUGGUGUUAAACUGGAGCCAAAGUCUCUCUUUACAGUCUGAAGUUAAAUUCAUUCCAGAAAAACACUGUUCCUGUUUGUUCACUGUGGAAGUCUAACGUUUGAGAAUGCUCUGUAUUGUGCUGUUGCUGUCUUUGUGACUGUUGUAAAUAUGUCAAAUAGUGUCUUUUCUGUGUAUGAUUUUGUGUAUACAUGUGUAAAUACAUUUAUCUCCCUUGUACAAUCUGUCUUUAAAAAGUCCUAUUUGUCUAAGUGUUCUGGUAAUGUUGCAUAAAUCCACGCCACAUCUGUGAUGUUUGAUAUUUCAUUUUUAUGUGUGGCAAGAGUUUUUUGUAAAGUGAAAUAAAAGAUUGCAGAUGA